AUGUCGCUCAUCGCCCUCGAAGAAGCUUUCAACAUCCCCUCGCUUGCCGAGCAGUCGGCCUACCAGGCGAGGCUCUUUGUCGCCGACGGCAAUGGACAAGCCCACGCAGACCGUCUCGUCGACAUUCACGGCGAGCGUCUCGCCAAGAUGGACGAGCACGGCGUUGCGCACACCAUCCUCUCGCUCACCGCGCCUGGUAUCCAAGACUUUGACGAGCCCAAGGCGGCAGCUGCAGCAGCCAAGGAGGUCAACGACUGGGUGCAUGCCAAGGUGCAAGAGAACCCCAAGCGAUUCAGCGCUUUCGCCUCGCUCUCGAUGCACAACCCUCAAGACGCCAGCGACGAGCUGAGGCGAUGUGUCAAGGAACUCGGCUUUGUUGGUGCGCUGGUCAACGACAACCAGCGUCUCCCCAACGACGAGGCGGCAUGGUACGAUCUGCCCGAAUGGGACUCGUUCUGGUCUACCGUCACCGAGCUCGACGUGCCUUUCUAUCUUCAUCCCAUCGCACCCAAGGGCGAGAUCCACCGUCGCAUCUACAAAGACCGCGCAGCACUCAUCGGCCCCGUUCUGUCCUUUGCCAACAACGUCUCGGCCCAUCUUCUCGGCAUGAUCGUCAACGGCGUAUUCGACCGUCACCCGAAGCUCAAGAUCAUCGUCGGACACCUGGGCGAACACAUUCCGUUCGAUCUCUGGCGCAUCAACCACUGGCUCGAAGAUGUGCACAAGCCCCGAGGCGCAGUAACGAUGAAAAAGACCAUCCGAGACUACUUCAACGAGAACAUCUGGGUCACCACCUCGGGCCACUUCUCCACGCUCACGCUCAAGUACGUCCAGGACGAAAUCGGAGUUGACCGCAUCCUCUUCUCGAUCGACUACCCUUACGAAAAGUUCGAGGACGCCUGCAACUGGUUCAAGACGCUCGACGGCAAGUUCUCGGCAGAGGACCUGGCCAAGAUCAGUCAUGAGAACUCCAAGAAGCUCUUCCCUCAUCUGCGCUCCUAG